UGUGAUAAAUUGUUUGGCUUAUAUCAGACACCGAGCUGGAUAAAUCCCCCAACAAGCUGACUCCUUGCAUGGAUGAACUUUGCUUGGUAGACACCGCUUAUUACAUCAAUGCCAGCUUCCCGCCGCUGCUCCGAGAGGAACGCAAAGUGGAUGUCAUGCUCUCGUUUGACUAUGGGCUGUCAGAUAAGUUUAAGUCAGUUGUCCAAACCCAAAAUUACUGCGCUGAGCAAUACAUCACCUUUCCUAAAGUAGAGCUGAGCGAGGAGGAUAUAAAGAACCCUAAGGAAUGCUAUGUAUUUUCUGAACCAGUAAACCCUGACGUUCCCAUUAUCCUUCACUUUCCACUAGUGAAUGACACAUUUCAACAAUUCAGUCGUCCAGGAGUGGAGCGAAAAACAGUGGAAGAAAAAGAAGGAGGAGUGGUGGAACUGUCUGGCCUCUGGUCAACUUACAGGACUCUUAAUUUAACUUAUAGUGAGAAAGAAUUUGACAAACUGUUAAACCUGACAGAAUAUAACGUGGAGAACAAUGAGGAAGCGAUCCUGCAGGCCUUACGUGAUGCCAUUGCACGGAAACAGAAGCACAGAGCUAGUGACAAUAUCUGAAACAAAGACACAAUGAAAUGGGCCUUGUUUCCUUACAGUACAGAUGUUGUUUGCACGUACUUGAGUGACAGCCACUGUGUAGACUGAAACCAAUACACAGCCUGUUGAUCCACAAACUACAAAUGUUCUGGAAUUUAGGGACCAAAGCCUGAUAGAUGUGGGCCUACUGGAUCUGUGUGUCAGAUGUUCUACUAAAUAAAUCACUAUCUCAGGGUUGGACUGGCCCACAGGUGUACAGGGAAAAUCCUCAGUGGGACCAUCCUCUAGCGGUCAGGCUCCAGACCGUGCACUCAAAUUCUGCUCCAGACCGUUACUCUACUGGAAGGUCAGUAACUUGGUGGAGUAGGAUCCCGGAUGAACUUAGUGUUCAGUUUGUUUCUAUGGAAACUGCAACAGUAUUAGCUCUCCUGCCAAUCAAAGUGGGCAUUCCUGACACACCCAUCCCCUACUUCAUAAUGGGGCCCAGUUCUUUGCAGGCUGAGUAUGUUGUCUCUAAUAGUUGUCCAAGUCUUUCAGUGGUGAGUAGCCACGCCCCCUCGAGUGGCUGGCUACAACCCUUCAGCUUAGGCCCUUACCACUGCAUUCCCUAGUGGGCAUGGAGGAUGCCCCAGUCCUACACGGCACUGUCUAUAUCAAAUGGUUAUGAAGUACAUCAUCCAGAGGCACUUGCAGAGAGGAGGGGGCCCGUGUGCACUCUCCAAUUGGGCCCCCAUCUCUCCGGUCAUGUAGUAGACUCUGGCAUUAUGCCAGAGUCUACUGUGCAUGCGCAGGACUCCAGGAUCAUGGUGCCCGCGCUGCAUUCCCGGGGACAUCUCUAUUGAGCAUGCGCUAAUCCCGUAAAUAGCCGCCGCGUCCAUUAUCCGAGUGAUACAGCAGCCAGCACCAGGCUGACGGAGAGGAGAGUAUAAUUAAAUGAGUGCAGGAUGGGCCAGGGGCGUAUCUAGAGAGGAGGGGACCCGUGUGCAGUCUCUAGGGGUGGGCCCCCACCUCUCCAGU